AUGGUAGGGCGCAACCAACCCCGGUCACCCGGGGAAGAAAUUUCUGAUACAUCUCGCAUGUCGCUGGACAAGAACAGCAGCACCGCCUCGAUGAGUAGAAAAGACGAUACACACAUACAUACAAAUAACCUAUGGGUCUCGCACGCGACCGUUGGGUCUGGACUGGGCGCCGUCGACGCCUCGGGGAUCUUGUCGAUACACAUUCCCCGUAUGAAGAUUACCUCGCCCUCUCAUUCUUGGCCAUUCUUCCUGGAAACUCGCUGGCACUGCCCUCUACCAUGUGUAUUCUCCCAUACUUGGAACCCAUCUUGCUUCGCUUUCACCAUCUUCCCCCCCACCAUGACGCUGAGGACCGACGCCUCCGGUUCGGAGCGAGAGCCCGACUCAGCUCGACUUGGGUUGGUUGAUCUACUCCCUGAUCAUCCCCGAUCAACGGUUAACGAGAUUGAUGGACCACUUCCCGUGGCAUGGAAAGCGGCAGACCAGGGGGGGCUGUGGAAUUUUACUCGCCCUGUAAUCUCAACCGGGGCCGACUCAAGCCAGCUAACUUGCUGGAGCCACGGAAAAUCGAUCGCCACUAGUCUUGGAGCCGAUCAGCUGCGUUCCAAUCAUGACACGCUGGGUAUGGAGCAUAGCGAAAAGGAAAACGCAGCAAAAGUACAUCCGUACCUGCCUGACUUCUUCGAGCCAAAAGCAGGGAUGCCCGUGCGUUACAGGGCACCAAGCCUGCAGAGGGUUGUGGAAUUUGUGGAGGUAGAACACGGUGUCGACGGGUUCUUUCCCGGAGGUUUCUUAUGCCCACGCACCCACUUCCUCAGGCAUCCAUCUACUGGGUUGGGUUUGCUGCCAGCUUUGCCAGGCCAGUUACUCAAGUAA